GGACUAAUGGAUCCAGAGUGAGGUGCCAUGGCUUUAAUGAUCCCCCCAGUGAAACUCAAAUGGCUGGAGCACCUGAACAGCUCGUGGAUCACGGAGGACAGCGAGUCCAUCGCCACACGGGAUGGCGUUUCAGUUCUCUACUCCAAGCUGUUGGCCAACAAAGAGGUGGUACUGCUCCCCCAGCAGGUGCUGUGUCUGAAGGGCCCCCAGCUUCCUGACUUUGAACGUGAGUCUCUCUCCAGCGAUGAACAGGAGCACUACUUAGAUGCUCUGCUCAGCAGCCAGCUGGCCUUGGCCAAGAUGGUCUGCUCAGAUUCCCCCUUUGCUGGCGCCCUGGGGAAACGUGUGCUGGUGCUCCAACGCAUCUUCUACGCUCUUUCCAACAAGUACCACGACAAGGGCAAGGUCAAGCAGCAGCAGCACUCUCCGGAGAAUAACUCGAGCUCGGCCGAUUUACACUCUGUUAGCGAGCGCCCGCGCUCCAGCACUGAUGCCCUCAUUGAAAUGGGUGUCCGCACUGGCCUCAGUCUUUUGUUUGCUCUGCUGCGCCAGAGCUGGAUGUUGCCCCCUCCACCUGGGCCCGGUGGAAGUUUUGGAGGCAACAUAAACUUAUGUAAUGAUGUCAUCCACACAGCUAUUGAUGUGGUGAGCUCCCUGCCUCCCCUCUCUCUGGCUAACGAGAGUAAGAUCCCUGCCAUGGGCCUGGACUGCCUGGCUCAGGUCACAACCUUCCUGAAAGGAAUCACCAUGCCGAAUUCUGGGGCGGACAUUUUAGGCCGCCGACUGGCCUCAGAGCUGCUGUUGGGGCUGGCGUCACAGCGAGGCUCCCUACGCUAUUUGUUGGAGUGGAUUGAGAUGGCUCUGGCUGCAUCUGCUGUGGUCAGUACCAUGGAGCAGAACCAGGCACUGCAGGGCCAUGAGGGGCUCAUCAGCUACGACUGUUUCAUAAACAUCCUCAUGCAGAUGAGGCGCUCUUUGGGCUCGUCAGCAGAUCGCAGCCAGUGGAGAGAGCCCACUCAAACUCCUGACGGCCUCUGCUCUGUGUACGAAGCAGCACUCUGUUUGUUUGAGGAAGUGUGUCGCAUGGCGUCGGACUACUCUCGUACCUGCGUCAGUCCGGACAGCAUUCAGACCGGGGAGGCACCUGUGGUGUCUGAAACCUGUGAGGUGUACGUGUGGGGCAGCAACAGCAGCCACCAGCUGGUGGAGGGCACCCAGGAAAAGAUUCUGCAGCCCAAGCUGGCUGCCAGCUUCGCCGAUGCACAAACAAUUGAGGCGGGUCAGUACUGCACCUUUGUGAUCUCUUCUGAUGGCUCUGUUCGAGCCUGUGGUAAAGGCAGCUAUGGCAGAUUAGGCCUCGGAGACUCCAACAACCAAUCUACACUAAAGAAACUGACCUUUGAACCCCACCGUGCCAUCAAGAAGGUGUCAUCAUCCAAGGGCUCUGAUGGCCACACACUGGCCUUUACAACGGAGGGGGAGGUGUUUAGCUGGGGUGACGGGGAUUAUGGCAAACUGGGCCAUGGAAACAGCUCCACACAGAAGUACCCUAAACUUAUCCAGGGGCCUCUGCAGGGGAAGGUGGUCGUGUGUGUGUCUGCUGGCUACAGACACAGCGCUGCAGUCAGUGAGGAUGGAGAGCUCUACACCUGGGGGGAAGGAGACUUUGGGAGGUUAGGACAUGGCGACAGCAACAGCCGCAACAUCCCAACUCUGGUCAAAGACAUCAGCAACGUUGGAGAGGUGUCUUGUGGCAGCUCUCACACUAUUGCGCUGUCCAAGGAUGGACGCACUGUUUGGUCCUUCGGAGGAGGGGACAAUGGAAAACUAGGACAUGGUGAUACUAAUCGAGUCUACAAACCAAAAGUGGUGGAAGCUCUGCAGGGAAUGUUCAUCAGGAAAGUGUGCGCAGGAAGCCAGUCGUCCCUGGCCUUAACCUCCACUGGACAGGUGUAUGCUUGGGGCUGUGGCGCCUGCCUGGGCUGCGGUUCGUCUGAAGCUACAGCACUGCGGCCCAAACUGAUCGAAGAGCUGGCUACGACCCGAGUAGUGGACAUUUCCAUUGGGGACAGUCACUGCCUGGCCCUGUCUCAUGACAAUGAAGUGUACGCAUGGGGCAACAACUCCAUGGGUCAGUGUGGACAAGGGAACUCCACAGGACCCAUCACCAAACCCAAGAAGGUGGUUGGCCUGGACGGUGUUGCUGUUCAGCAAAUCUCAGCGGGGACAUCCCACAGCCUGGCCUGGACUGCUCUGCCCAGAGACAGGCAGGUGGUGGCCUGGCAUCGGCCGUACUGUGUUGACCUUGAAGAAAGCACCUUUUCUCACCUGCGUUCCUUUCUUGAACGCUACUGUGAUGGCAUCAACAGUGAAAUUCCCCCCCUUCCCUUCCCAUCCUCCAGGGAGCAUCAUAACUUCCUUAAGCUAUGUCUUCGACUUUUAUCCAAUCAUCUGGCUCUGGCACUAGCUGGGGGCGUGGCCAUAAGUAUUUUGGGUCGACAGGCCAGGCCGCUGAGGAACUUGCUCUUCAGACUGAUGGACGCGUCAGUGCCUGAUGACAUCCAGGAGGCGGUGAUUGAGACUCUGUCCGUGGGAGCGACAAUGUUGCUGCCUCCACUAAGAGAAAGGAUGGAGCUGCUUCACUCUCUGCUUCCUCAGGGCCCCGACAGAUGGGAGAGUCUCUCCAAAGGACAGAGGAUGCAGCUGGACAUCAUCUUGACCAGUCUCCAGGAUCACACCCAUGUCGCCUCGCUCCUUGGCUACAGCUCUCCUGCUGAUGCACCGGAGCUCCCCUCCUCAGGCCCGACGUUUGCAGCUUAUCCCGACAACGUCUACAGCACCACGGGGGACCACCCUGACACCCACCUGGCUGAGAUCUUGAUGAAGACUCUGCUCAGGAACCUUGGCUUUUACACUGAUCAGGCUUUAGGAGAGCUGGAGAAGAACAGCGAUAAGCUUCAGCAGGGGACAUCGUCGUCCGACAGCAGCCAGCCUGCUCACCUCCACCAGCUGCUGUGCUCCCUCCAGAAACAGCUGCUGGCUUACUGCCACAUCGGUUCUAUCACUGAGAAUUCCAGCAGCGUGGCUCUGCUUCACAAACACCUGCAGCUGCUGCUGCCUCAUGCCACCGAUAUCUUCUUCCGCUCAGCUGCUCUGAUCAAGGAGAGCUGCAACGAAAGCAUCCGAGAGAAGCUGCAAGAUGUGAUGUACGUGUCGGCAGCAGGCAGUAUGCUUUGUCAGAUAAUCAUCUCGCUGCUGCUCCUUCCGGUGUCGGUGGUAAGGCCGCUGCUGAGCCAUCUGCUGGACCUGCUGCCUCCUCUGGACCGCCUGAACAGACUGCUGCCAGCUGCCUCCCCUCUGGAGGACCAGGAGCUCCAGUGGCCUCUUCAUGGCACUUCGGACUUUGCUGAGCCAGCCUCAGGAAUGUUGCUGCCGCAGCCCCUGCUCACCUGGGUGUGGCUCGUAGACCUGGAGAGGACUGUUGCCUUGCUGGUGGGCCGCUGCCUUGGGGGGAUGCUGCAGGGAGCUCCCACCUCUCUGGAGGAACGGGAUAGUUCUUACUGGCUCAAAACACCACUGUUCAGCAAUGGCCUGGAGAUGGACGUCCCGCAGCUUGACAUGUGCAUCAGCUUGUUGCUGGAGGCAGCACUGUCAGGAAACGAAGAGCAGAAGACUUUUGACUGCCCUCUGCCUCCUGACCUGAGUGUCCUCGUGGUGCUGGCUCUGGGUUCCUCUAAAGAACCUGCCAACAGCCUGUGGAUCAACAUGCAGGACUACGCCAUCAGCAAAGGUUUGCUUUACUAA